CGAGAGGUCAGCCUGGGGCCCCUUACCACCGUGAAGGAGGGGGAGGAGGAGAGCACCACCACGGAGUCGCCGAAAGAGGAGGAGGAGGUGCAGGACGACGUGGCCGCCACGCCACUUCUCGAGCAGACCGAGGACCCCGAGUUGGAGCAAGGCGGCGACCAGGAGUGGCAAGAUGAACCAGAGGCUGAGGAGGAGGAGGAGGACCGCGGCCCGGUGGACGAAAAGGCCUCUCCGAGGAGGCUGUGUGGCUGUGCUGCAUGGAAGCGCCCUGGAGUCAGAGGCCGCUGCCGCCGUGGCACCAAGGCACUCCGACCUCUCGCGCAGGGCGAGCAUGGCGAGACCUGAGGUCCGCGGGUGCUGGUCGCCUACGCGUGGCCGCGAUCCCUCGUGCUGCAUCGGCGGGGGGAGGUCUGCGAUGGCAGACGCUCCUGCCGCCCCGGCCGCGCCACUGUAGCGGGGAUGGCGAGAUCCGCCUCUCCAUCCGAGCGGGGGGUGACUUGCGGAUUGUCGGAGCGGGUUCUGUGCGCUACAUGCCGUCGCAGCUGGCUCCUAUUUCCGCCCCUUCCUCCAAGGCGUGUUCGUCCGACUGCCGGCGGAAGCCGCGUCGGCCCUCCUGGGCAGUGCCCCCCUCUGGAAUGCGCAUUGUUUUUCGCUGUGCCUCACGCGUUGCCGCAGGCCACCGUUCCUUCAGUCCUCCUUCCGCACCUGUUUUCCUUGCUUUCCCCUCGAUUUGUAUGUUGGGUGCCCUUGAUUCUUUUAAAGUCACCACCGCAUUAAGCUCGUUCAGGCAUGCCCAAAGCGACCAUACACAGAACGCCC